AUGGUCCAAGGUGGGGAAGAGCCACCGCAAUUGAUCGGUCGUGUCGACGUAAAAUUGUUUCUCCUAUUGGCGAAUACAUGGCCAAGUUUACCUGAUGGGCACAGUGCUACUACCAAAGAUCCAACAGGAUGGUGGAUCAGUGAAAAGCUUGAUGGCGUACGUGCCUUAUGGGAUGGCCGAUGUUUAUGGUCUAGGCGGGGGAAGCCAUGGUCCGCGCCCACUUGGUUCACGGAACAACUCCCAGCUGAUAUGCCACUCGAUGGCGAAUUAUGGAUUGGACGUGGGCUGUUUGAACACACCUCGAGUGUAUGUCGAUCUACGACAUCAGAUGAAUGGCAUCAUAUAAAAUACAUGAUCUUUGAUACCCCUGGAUGGCAGACAGAGCGUGUAGAGGAGCGCUGGGCUCGUCUAGAACGCGUCUUUCCCGUGGCAGAGAGUGACCAAUGGCGCUCACUAAAGGCUGGCCCAUACCUUGUCAAACACACAAGAUGCACAUGUGUGAACCACCUGAACGACCUGCUUGACCAUGUUCUUUCUCUGGGUGGAGAAGGCGUCAUGCUUCGCCGUCCCGAGUCUCUCUGA